AUGGACUUCACCGAAAUUUACAAGCAAACGUCCUCCCUGGUCGAGUUCAGCCCCGGCGCGCACUUUAUCGCGACAGCGGUGCAGGACCGGCUUAUCAUAAGACGCGCUGAUUCUUUCCAGAUAACGCGAACAUGGCUUAUCGACGCGUCGCCGUCUGCUACGUCCGUGCUCAUAUCUUCGACAAAAGGCAAAGCGUCGUCGACGGGCAGUGAGAAAUCGAUAUCUCACAUUGGCUGGUCCUGUGACUCAGAAUACCUCCUUGCUGCGUGUGCAAAGAGCGGUACUGUUCAGAUAUUCAAACUUGGCGAUGAGGAAUGGACGGCGCAUAUCGAUUCAGGCGCGGAGGGCUUAGUGAAAGCAGAAUGGGCACCAGAUGGAAGAACUGUCCUUUGUUUCUCCGAAUGGGGGCUCCGAGUAACCCUGUGGUCACUGGUCACCGGUCGUGCAAGCUACCUCAACUUUCCUAUACACCCCGACAGAGGGUAUACUUUUCGGGCGGAUGGCCGGUACCUAAUCCUUGCUGAACGACAUAAAUCGAAGGAUACCCUCGGUCUGUACGACGCAGCUGAAGGCUACAAGCCAGUUCGCCAUUUCCCUUUACCCACAUCGUCUCUAUCCUCGCUAGCUUUAUCUCCCAGUGGGAACCAUCUCGCCGUAUGGGAAGGACCUCUCGAGUAUAAACUUUAUAUUAUCUCCUUGAAUGGUGAUCUACUGGGAUCUUUCUCCCCAGACCAUGACCCUGGCUUCGGAAUCCGCGGGGUUGCAUGGCACCCCACCGGGAUGUUCCUGGCAGUUGGAGGUUGGGAUGACAAGCUCUACAUCCUUGACAGUCUCAGUUGGGGACCGGUAGCGACAUUGGAGUUAACAGGCCGCCUGGGAAGUAACGUUAUCUUGUGGAAGGAACCUUCUCAAUGGGUCGAAGAUACUGAUGGCCGGGGAUUUCUUUCAUAUGAACGGAUACAAGGCCCUCAAACAAUACCAAUCAACCGAGUCGACCACUCCAAACUCCCUAAAGCAGGCGUCGUGCAAAUAGAAUGGAACAAGACGGGCACAAUACUGAUGGCUCGAUACGAGAGUGUCCCUAACGCAGUAUACCUUUAUGACUUUCCGACUCCAUCUCAGGAAUUCUCGCCGAAGUUACGUUCUGUGCUCCUCCAUUCUUCCCCAGUCUUGCAAGUACGGUGGAAUCCCAUCCGCAAAGGUAAUCUUGCCCUCUGUUGCGGAUUACGCAGUAUAUAUACCUGGAGCGACGAAUGGCUCGGCGAUAACGACGUAGAAGAGGAGAUGGCUGAAUGCAUCGGCGUGCCAACUAAACAAUUCCAGACCAGAAGUUUCAAGUGGGCUCCAGAUGGGAAGGGAAUAAUUCUGUUCGAUCAAGGGAUUUUCUGUUGUGCUUUUGAAGUCCAGAAAGAAGCCGAUUCCGAAUUCUAG